CAGGAAGUGAUCCCGGUUUGACGGGCGGGAGGCCGGGCCUAUCUGAGAGGGAGGCGGGCCUUGGAGGGGGACCUGGGGUCCUGAUGCUGCUGCCAGGGCUCUUGGAGACAGUGGGCACCAUGGGGCUGGUGGCUUGCAGAGGGAACUGAGCCUCUGCCCGCGAAGAGGCCUCAACUCUGUGACCCCCUCCCCCCCCCACCGCCAUCAUGGAGCCCCUGAAGGAGAGGGCCAGGUGGUAUGCAGGGUACCGGGGGGAGGAGGCCCUGGAAGAAAGGAGACCCUUACUGCAGGAAGACAGCAUCCAGGAUGGUGUUGAGAUGGGGGUUGAGCCCACAGGUUGGGGUUCUGAUGACCCUGACCUGGAGGAGGAGGAGGAGGAGGAAGUGGGCGACUCGGAUCCUGUUCGGGUUCUGAUGCUCCCACUUCAGGCUCAUCAUGCCAUGGAGAAGAUGGAAGAAUUUGUCUUGAAGGUUUGGGAGGGCCGCUGGCGUGUCAUCCCGUACGACGUCCUGCCCGAUUGGCUGAAGGACAACGACUUUCUCUUGCACGGCCAUCGACCGCCCAUGCCCUCAUUCCGCGCCUGUUUCCGCAGCAUCUUCCGCCUCCACACAGAGACAGGCAACAUCUGGACACACCUGCUUGGAUUCCUCUUCUUCCUGGUCUUGGGCAUCGGUUACAUGUUCAGCCCCAACAUGAACUAUGUGGCUCCGAUUCAGGAACGCGUGGUCUUUGGCAUGUUCUUCUUGGGAGCCAUUCUUUGCCUCUGCUUCUCCUGGCUGUUCCACACCGUCUAUUGCCAUUCCGAGAAGGUCUCCCGCACCUUCUCCAAGUUGGAUUACUCUGGAAUCGCCCUACUGACCAUGGGCAGUUUCGUCCCCUGGCUGUAUUAUUCCUUCUACUGCUCGCCACAACCCCGCCUCAUCUACCUCAUCAUCAUCUGUGUGCUGGGCAUCACAGCCAUCAUGGUAUCACAGUGGGACCACUUUGCUACACCGCAGUACCGAGCUGUCCGGGCAGGAGUCUUUCUAGGUCUCGGCCUGAGUGGGUUGGUGCCCACCCUCCAUUUCAUGAUUGCUGAGGGAUUCAUCAAGGCUACAACAGUGGGGCAGAUUGGGUGGCUGUUCCUCAUGGCUGUCCUCUACAUCUUGGGAGUGGCCCUGUACGCGGCCCGCAUCCCUGAACGCUUCUUCCCGGGGAAAUGUGACAUAUGGUUCCACUCCCACCAGAUCUUCCACGUGCUGGUGGUAGCAGCGGCCUGCGUCCAUCUACACGGCGUCUCCCAGCUGCAGGCGUUCCGCUCCUCCCUGGGGGGCAGCUGUACCGAGAACACUGUGCUCUGAUCCCGCCCCCUUGCAAGGCCAGACUGACCACCUCCUCUCUCCGAGGCCAGGGACCGCCAGUCACCUCGCACACUGUACUCAAGACGGACCAAGAGGGUGGGGCCUCGAAAGGGCGCAGCGCCUCUCGGAGGGUGGGGUUCCCCCCUUCUAUUUCUUUCCUUAAACAAAUCUCUGUUGUGUCCCAGGUAUUUUUUGGGGACCUCCCUCCCCCCCUCCCCCAGGUCCUCCUUGUAUCCAACUUCAGGGCAACCUAUUUUUGUGUGUGUGGGAGUUGCCAGGAGGUGUAUUUUCGGAGGAAUGGGAAACCAAAGGAAAGGACAAUGGUUAGGAAGUAAAUGGGCCUUCGAAACCGUUUAGGAACAUCCCCAGCCCUGUGUUUCAGAGAGAGACGGACGCAUGACUCCACUUGUGGGCCAACAGCAUAUUUUUAAAAAAGCUGUACGGAGGGACUUAAGUUUGCAGUGGAGAAAGCUGCCCUGUGUUUGGGCAGUCUCUAGGAAAUACCGUCCAGUUCGGACAGCUCUGUUUACAACAAACGCUGCGAAACAGCCUGUUCUGUACGCGAGACUAUCCCAACACUUGUGCUCUCAAAUGUGGGAUUUAGUCGAGAAGGGCGGGGAAAGAGUGGAAUCUUGGAGAAUUCUGCUCUCCUUGCCCACACAGAGAGCAGAGGCCUGUCUAGAAGAGAUGAACACUGGGACUUCUGGGUUGUCUCUAGAAUCUAAGCUCCAAUAGCACACUCCGAUAGGGAGAAUGAUGCCGACCGACUACCUCCCCUCCCUUGCCGUGUUCCCUGGGGAUCCGGGCCAAGCAAGAUCGGGCCCAAAAUCAGCAUGUCAGAGUUGCCCAUUGUUGUCAACCUUGGCACAGCGAGUGUUAGGGGAUGAAGAGAAGUAGGGCAAGGAUGGAAGUAGCCCGUGAACCAGCAUUUGCCCAUUAUUAGCCUGGAAGAAUUCUGGGUGCCUUCUCAUGUGCAUUAGAGGGGCCCAAAGGAAGGUUUUUAGGGGCACGAAUCCUUGCAAAAAGAGAUAUGCAGUAAGCACUUUAAGGAAGAGAAGUUCUGCAUUUUAUAGCUAGGAAGAUAGGGAUAGAACACUGUUCUUACACAUGCAGUGGCAUGGGGGAUAGUCAUAACCUGGGGGAAGGGACCAGCUUAGGAUCAGAAUCCUUUCACCAGCAAUUUAAUAGCCCAGGAACUGGCUGUUGUAACCCAUAUCCCAGGCAGAUGGUUUCAGGACAUAAUUUAUUACUCCCCGGUGGAAAAACAGGAAGCGACUAGACCAUUGGAGAAGAAAUCGGCCUGUCUUGAUUUAGGGGGUAGGAGCAGAUGUGCCGCGUCUAGCCGUGCUACCUUGAAGGUUCUCUCAGAACAGACCACAUCUAGUUCUAUCUUGUAGGUUCCCCCAACCAAAAAACGCGAUGAACUGUGCAUUGAAGGAGAUUAUGAGUCGCGAACAAAAUACUCUUGCCAUCCGGUUUGGAGAUCUCUGAUCUUUGGGGAGGACGAAGUCUACGAGGCAUGCGCUGGAGUCAAACCAGCGAUCUGGAGAAGAGAAAGGGGGGCUCUCUUUAACUUGCACAAGCAAGAUCUGUCCCCAAGCAAGAACCCUCAAGUAGCUCCCAAGUCUGUCCUGGGCAGAAGAGUCUUCCAGGAAUAUCGGCCGGUGAGUUGGAGGAUUGUUCUCUGGUUUGACGAUAUAAAAAGCAGCAAGCUCAGGAUUGGCUCUCUCGUUUUUCAAAGCCUCAGUAGUCAAACUCAAGCUCUGCCGCACUUCCUUGCCAUCAAAGCUGGUGUCUCCAACCUCUAUAAUAAAACACAAUCCUUCUGGCCUAACUUCCAAGGCUAGACAGCGGUUACCGCAAGACUCUUUCUCCGUUCUGCUCUGCCCAGAUGGUUUUUAUGAGAGCUGAAGAUGCAAAGGAAUCAAGAUGCUAGGUGGGAGAUCUAACGGAUCAGGGAAUGGCAGUCGUAACUCAGGUUCUGGUUCUUUUACAAGAGCAGAGGUCUGCCACUCCGUGGGUUGGAACGGGGUGGGCAUUGGCAAGACGUUCGUGUCAAUUCCUUUGUCCGUGCCUCCUGUCCUCUGCCUUAUAUCGAACCAUCAUGGAAAGCAGUGGUACGUAAGUGAAGGUGUUCCUGAUUUUUUCUCUGGCAUACAGCACUGGUGUUUUCCUUCAUUCUGGGGAUUUUAAGGGAGAAAGGAGCCAGCCAUCUCUCCCACGCCGUGGCCCACUGGGGUAACUGAGUCCAGCACGAGACAAAACAGCCAAGCUGGUAGCAUUUCCCCAGGGAAGCCGUUACACACGGCACUGUUAGCGAAUGGAAACAAUUUCUCCUUUUGAGAUGAUUAUUGCAUCUUCGGGGAACGGGUGCCUAGGAUCUGGGCCGCAGGAGCAGGGAUCUCAUUGGCCACCAAGCCGGUACAACUUGCGACACGCCACCACACUCCACCAGCUGCGUAUGACAACUUUCAAGGGCUCAACUUCAGUAGUCCCGGGGAGCGAGCAGAAACAGAUUUGUGCAGUUCCCGAUGAGCCCCCGUUACGUGGCUGGUGGGUUGCGUGGGGUUGGUUUACCGGGAGAUGAGAUCGUGCGCUUACAGCCAAAGGUCCUUUUCAAAUUCUUUCACAAUCGGGGUUUCUUUCUUUUUUCUGCUUCCCCCAUUCCCCGCAGCUCUGACUUUUCCUCCGGUCUUUUGCUCAUGGAAAUAGUUGGCAACAGAGCCAAAAACAGAGAAAGGGUUCCCCAGGGAUCAGCGGCCCGAACUCCUCUGUUCUAGCCCCAGAUGUUGGAGGGUGGUGCUUUAGCCCCCCCCCCCGGGUACCAUUCCACUUGUGGUGUCUUAGAAGAGGGGUGAGUCAAUGUUUCAGUACCCUGGAGAAAGGAGAUUCUGUCGCUGUCCUUCAAAAGGAAGGUUUGAAGGACGGGCGACCAGUUUCCAACCAGGUAGUUUGUUCCAGAAGCAGGAUACCUGCACAGCCAUUGAACCCUAGAUGCUUUUGUACAUAAAUAAAAUUGUGGGUCUCUUUGUGAACUGUUCUCCAGAUGCAUCGCACCCUGAUGUAACCUGCUCCCAAACAACGCCACAAUCCUCCCCCUUUCCCCCUUCCUACCUCUCUGCCCCCUCCCUUUGUGAGAAGCGCCAAAGAGCGCCUUUGGUUUUUCAGAGUUUGGUUAUUUUUCUACUGGCCAUUGUGAUAAAGAUUCUUUAGAAGCCAGAACCUUUAAAAAAAUUGAAGAAAGCUGUAAAAAAUAUUUAAAGUGUAAUAUUGAUAAUUAUAACAUUAAAAUAAUAAUUUUAAAAAA